AUGGUGCCUCUGCUCUUGGCUGCCGACCUUCUGGAGGAGCCUGCUUCCAUGGAACUGUUGGCGAGAUCCUUGACAGAGUGCCGAACGGAGAAUGUCAUGGGGGUCAUGUUGGAGGGCGGCGGGAACAUCUUCUCCGAACUGGUUGGCGAUGCAGUUUGCUGGGGCGUCUUGGGAACGCCGACAGGGGAUGCUCUCAUCGAUCUCGCAAUGGCACAUGGUGCCGACUGGGCUUCCCUGGACGGGUGGAACUUAACCCCCUUCGAGGAGAUCCCCCGCUUGGCGUUGAAAAGAAAUCCAAAGCACAAGACCACGAUGUCGCCGGAGGCUGCACUGGCCUAUGCCCGCAAAGUACUGGAAACUCAUCCCCAGCCUGGUCUUUUGUGGAACGGUUCGAGGAAGACGCGGACGGAGGAGGACGAAAUCGGGGAGUCCAAGGGGGCCUUUCUUCCACUGCUCCAGACCCUGGCCGAGCAGAAGCGAGUUGGGGAGGCGAUCUCUCGGAACCUCAUGAAGUGGAAGAUCUACCAGAUCGGCCGGCCCAGUACUUUCCACCUCUUGGUACAGGACCUUGCGGUGGCGGGCGCCUUGGAUCACCCCGAGGGGGUGGACAUCGUGGCCCGGGCUCUGGAAAACGGCGCCGACUACCGCAUCGAUGAUCCGGAGCCCCCCGGGCCGGACCGGAUCCUGGUGGAUAUUCCUGAGCUCGUAUGGAGCUCCCGGAGGGAGACCGUGCGCCUCUUAGCGCUGCUGGCCUCUGGAAGGGCCGUCCCCUGCGAGUCCGGAGACCUCGUGGCUUCCCUGCUUGCGCUGGCCCGGUUCGUGCAGGGGGCGGCGCACGCCUCAGCUCUGCAGGUUCGGCAUCCCAUCGUGAAGUCGAUACUGGGAUUUCUUCCUCGUGUCCCACCAGUGCUGGGUUACGAGUUCACGGACUUGAACAAGGUGGCACACCAUCCGCAACCCGUUCGUUGA